AUGGGAAAAACAUUCCAUCGGCCGUUUCCCCCAGCGCAGUCCGAUGCGAGGAAGCCAUUACGGCUUCACAACAUCUACGCAGAAUCCACUGGCAAGGCCGCCCGAUUAAUCGCGAUUGCGUUGGCGACCGUUGGACUAGUGGUUCCAAGGGCAGCCACCGCACACCAAAGAGUCCCUCGGCCGAUUCCGCAGCUUAGUCAGCAUAGAACGAAGGCUCUCCCAUCCUGCUCCACCGUGUAUAACAGUUGCAUCCAGGUUGGGGAUUACACCCCGGUUGUGGGUUCCUGGGAUGAAAGUGAUUACAGCGUCCUGAAGUCGAUUGCAAUGGGGAUUAACAUGGGGAGUUUUGACAUCGAAACCCUGAAGUGGCCCGGGAACUUGAAGGCUGCGGGUACGUUUGAAGAUGGGACGAACCGCAUGCAGUGGUUUGUCAUACCGGCACUGGCAGCCUACAUGAAAGCAAGCAGGGUCGCAGCACCGCAUGUCUGGGCUCGGUAUGUCCAUGACGUGCUGGCGCAGUUGGACAAUGACCUUGCAUAUUUGACUGACUUUUUAGGUGCUGACAACAAAGCGCAUCCAAUGUUCACUUUCUUGAAUCUAGUACCUGUUUCCCGUCAUACUCUACUCUGA